AUGGAAAACCGUUCCGAGAACUCGAAUGCGGCCGCCGCACUAUCUUCCCCCUGUACCGUUGACAAAACAAACCGACCGAGAGGAUCCUGCCCAAGAGUGCCCGCCCUCGGCCCAUUUCCACGGAUCCCCGCGUCCCCUCGCUCCCUGGCACACAUCCUAUGGCCCGUCACCUGCCACCUGCCACCCGCCACCUGCCACCGCCACGCUCUCCCACCACUCUUGGACGCCAUAUUUCUGCUCAGUAAUAAAACAGUUCUCCAAAUUGGCAUCGGCCGCCUCGAAUUCAAUUGCCGAUUUAUAAGCGUCGCCGCGCGGUCCUAUUUGGCCCCGGGCCAAACUGGUCGGCCGACGGCGAGGCCCAUAACUCACCGCGCGGCGUUCCUGAAAGGCAUAAUCGUUUCGACGAAGACGUCUCAGCCUCCAAAAGAGGUUCGGGGUGAGAGAAGUGCAUUGGGCCACCGGCCAUCGCGGCCCUUCCGCGAACAGGCCUUCCGGGAACGCGCCGCCACCCCACGCCCAUGGACUCGCUUCGGACUCGCCAAUACCGCUGCCAAAUCGCACUCGUGUGCCAGGGUGCGGCGCGUGCUGCGUGCGCCGUAUAUAGUUCAGGAUCGCGGAGCCGUUUGGCGCAUCGAGAUCGAGAGCCGUGCGUUCCUCGCG